AUGUAUCCACUUGCCAUUUAUAAUUCAGUUGGGGAUAGUAGCAAACCUGGAUUUACAGGGGCCUUUGAUUCAUCUUCUUUCGAGUUGCCUGCUUGGGCUGGAGAAGAGUCAAAUGUCUUGGAUGAUAAAGACGACAGAGUGCUCGAGACUAUGAAGUCAUCGUUCAAUCAUAAUGAGAUGACGAAAUCUGGAAAAGUUUUGCCAAAACGCUUACUUGAAAUCAGCGAGAGAGGUGGUGAAGACACUUCGCGAAUCACUAAAGGAAGACAGAUUGUUCAUCCAGGCGGCCAUGUAGAACUACACGACAGGCCUAUUUUCGCCUCCGACUUGCUUAAUCGGAACCCGAAAUGCUGUGUUACAAAGCCAACCGUGUUCCGCCAUCCAUGGGACAUCGUUCCUCCCGACGCCACCCUGAUGCCCGGCGAAAAAUACUAUGUCGUCCCUCUCAGCACCAUCAGAAAACUUCAAUUGAAGCAUUUGGCCUCUAACAACUUCCUAGGUCGAGAAAAUCAAGAGAUGAAUCAAGAUAACUGCAAAGAAAAAUCGCAGAAUUGCUGGUUGUUUAAAAACAAGAAAGGCGAUGAUUAUCAGCUACAGAAUUGCUCGACGUGUUUGCUAAAAGUAACAGGGAUGAAGAUGAAAGGCAGCACAAACAAUACUUCGAGUGAGGAAAUGAAAUCAUCUAGCAAUUUUGCUUCUGAUGAGACUAAAUCACUUACCAAGAAGAGAAAUAAGAAAACAGUUGGUAGUGGAAAGGGAGGGUCUGAUAAUCCUACUGUCAAACUGACUUCUUUGGAUAAUAAUUGGCAACCAAAUCUUGAAAUCAUUAGAGAAGAAUAA